AUGACAUUACCGCGCCUCGAGUUAUGCGCGGCCCUUUUACUUUCCUAUGAUCAAAAACAUCCCAUUUUAUUGCCGUCAAAUCAUCACAUUACUCGACUAUUAAUUCGCGAAGAGCACUUGAGGCUUAAGCACGCGGGUGCUCAAGCCACCUUAUAUUCAGUUCGCGAGCACUACUGGCUACUAGAUGGACGUAAUACAACCCGGCGAAUAGUUCAUCAAUGCGUUUCCUGUUUUCGCGUCAAGCCGCGAGGCUUAGAUUACAUGAUGGGGGAUCUUCCUCAGGUACGCACUUCGCAAUCUUUUCGACCAUUCCUUAAUGUCGGGGUUGAUUACUGUGGUCCACUGUACAUCAAGGAAAGACGCUUUCAGAAUCGAAAAAGGAUUAAAGUUUAUGUCGCAAUUUAUGUUUGUAUGGCCACUAAGGCUAUCCAUCUUGAACUAGUCAGUGAUUUGACAACAAAAGCUUUUAUUGCUAGCUUAAAAAGACUUUUUUCUAGGAGAGGAAAAUCGAAAUCUAUCUAUUCCGAUAACGGAAAAAAUUUCGUCGGGGCUAAUCGCGAGCUCAAUGAACUUUACCAAUUGCUUCUCUCGGCUGAGCAUAAUAAGAACGUUCAGCAAUUCUUGAUGAAUGAAAGAAUCACGUGGCAUUUCAUACCUCCCGGAGCACCACAUUUCGGUGGUCUUUGGUAG